ACUACGCCAACGCAAACACCAACGCCUCCAAAGGCGACCGCAAUCAUGCUCUUGGAAGACCAGCGCCAGCUGCACGAGGAUCUGGAGCGCCUCGAGGACGCCAUCGCCGAGCGCCUUCUCGAAGACCCACCGCACAUUCGCAACCGCCUCGCACGCGACCAUGACAUGGCACGCUUCCUCGAACAGAUUGAGAGUCAGUCGAACCGCCUACUCCCCAUUUACCAGGAUGUCGACGGCGCCAAGGAGGACGAGGUGCGCGCCCUCACCCACGGCGAUCCCAUGGAGUCGUUCAUGCGCGAGAUCGCUUCCAUUAAAGAAUUCCACGCCCGCUACCCGAACGAGCCUGUCGAAAAUCUGGAGAAGGCCUACAAGAAGCGCUCGCCCGAAGAUCAGGAUCAGUCGGUUGCCGUCAUCGACUCCAUGUUCACGGGGGAGGAGGGCUUCGGGCGCUUCUUUGACCUGACCACACUGCACGAGCAGUACCUGAACCUUCCCGUUCACGCGCACGCGCGCCGCCUGACCUAUCUGCAGUAUCUCGAUCUGUUUGAUGUCUUCACCCCCCCGCAAGGCAACAUCCGCCGCGACCAGAAGAAGUCGGAAGCCUACUUUCACUAUCUAAAGGCGCUACAAGACUACCUUGAGGGCUUUAUGCGACGGACUAAACCCCUAGAGAAUUUGGACAAGCUCUUCGCGAAUUUUGACAAAGAGUUCGUCGAGCUCUGGGAAAAGGACCAAGUGCCAGGAUGGGAGAAAAACGUGUCGGCAUCUACGGCAGCGAACGGCGAGGCCCAGCCCGAGGGCAUCUGGUGCUCGGCUUGCAGGAAGAGCUUUUCGAAAGAGACCGUCUACGAGGCUCACUUGACGGGCAAGAAGCACAAGAAGGCUGUACAGGAAAGUCAAGGUGCCUCGGCGGACAAGACGACUGCCAAGACAAAUGAUGCUUCAACAGAUAUCCAACGCUUCAAAGAGCGAGCAGUGGCCGAGCGAGAGUUCCGGAUAAGGAGGCUUGCUGCGGCUAUGCAGACAGAGCGUGGCGACACCAAGGUCAACGUCGAGCGGAAGCAGGGCAUGACUGAGCGCGAGCGGCAACAAGAGCUGGAACAACUGUACUCUGAAACGCCAGACAAUGGUGCUAACGACGAGGACAACGAGUCCGACGUCGAGGAUAAGAUCUCCAAUCCGCUCAAGCUUCCGCUCGCUUGGGAUGGCAAACCCAUUCCCUUCUGGCUCUGGAAACUGCAUGGUCUUGGCGUCGAGUUCCCUUGCGAGGUUUGCGGUAAUUUCGUGUACAUGGGCAGGCGCGCUUUCGACAAGCACUUCAACGAGCCGCGCCAUAUUCACGGUCUGAAGUGUCUCGGCAUCACCAACACAUCAUUGUUCCGAGAAAUCACGAGUAUUCAGGAAGCUGAGUCUCUGUGGAGGAAGAUCCAGAAAGACAAGAAGAAAGAGAAAACCCUUGCCGAGAACGUGGUGGAGAUGGAGGAUAACGAGGGCAACGUCAUGCCGGAGAAGGUUUAUAGGGACUUGGCUGCUGCAGGCAUGCUAUGAGCGACUGCUGGUUGCCAACAGCCACCUAACCGAGGAGGCCCCUUUCCAGCACCAGCGACAACUGGUCGCCCUAUCUUGCUACUCGAACGAUUAGUCGAUUCGAGGUUAUUGCAAACACAGUGCUGCAUUUGCGGCUACAUAUCAUGGGAGUUGGAACGACUGGGAGCAUUUCAAGUAAGUCAAGUUGCAUACACUUCGCGCGCCGGUGCUGCCACACCGUGCAUUGUGCGAUAGCUUCUUAGACAGAACUAACCAGGUAGGGCUAUCUGCAUACACCUGGCGUUUGGCGUGGGCAAAAUGCAGAUUUCAUCUGCCAUGUAGAACGUUUUGUAAGAUAAUACCCAAUCAUCACAAUUUG